AUGAUAAUAGAAGCUCAAAUCACUCAAAAGGAAAAAUAUGACAAAAAUAUUAAAAUUAAUAAACUAAAAAUAGAUGACAAAGUUUUAGUUGCAAAAUCUCAACUUAAAAAUAUUUUCUUAGCAAAAUUAGAGGAACAAUUUAUAGGACCAUAUAUCAUCUAUGAUAUUUUACCAUUAGGA